GACCAGGUUCAAUCUAACUGAACCACCCCUUUUGCUUUCUUAGUCGAAAUCACCAAAAUGUCCAGUUAGAACAAGAAUUUAGCAUCCUGCAAAAGAAGUUAACAGCUAAGUUUCCAGAGUAAGAAUGGUCAUCGUCACAUAAUUGAAAAGGAAGCCAAUGGAGAAUAGAACGAGGGCCUGACACAAAGAUGAUGCUUACCAAUAAAUGAAUGAAAGCAGCAACAGGACUACUUGACCAACUGGUAAAAAGGAAACAUUCUGAAAUGGAUCCCAAAUAUUUCAUUUUAAUUUUGUUUUGUGGACACCUGAACAAUACAUUUUUCUCAGAGACAAAAGCAAUUACAACAGAGAAGCAGCCACAAUCCACUUUAUUUACAUCAUCAAUGCCACAUGGCUUGGUCAAUUCUCAAAACACAACAGGAAAUCCUUUGGGCCAACCAACACAACUAAACAAUGUUUCUCCGGGACAACCAACGCCAGCUACCAAAGUUGCUGCUGGACAACUUACAGCAGCUGUCUUUGCUUUUUCUGGAAAACCAGUAGCACAUACUUCUGCUGGACAACCACUUGCCUAUAACAUCACCAGAUCAACACAACCAACAUCAAUGGCCAACACCUCCUCCCAACAAACAGCACAACCUGUGUUCACCUCUGACAGACAACUACCAACAACUGCCAGUACUUCUACCAGACAACUGCAACCAUUUGUCUAUAGAUCCACUCAACGACCAUCAUCUGUCCACACCUCUUCUAAAAAGCCAGUACCACCAACUAUUCAAAAUCUAGCCACACAACCAACACCAGCUGUUAAAAGUUCACCUAGGAUUACACCAGGAUUCAUCCCAGAAGAUACUAGUAACACACCAACCCCACAUACCAAUGCUAAUUCAAUAGCUGCCAUAUUUGUUGGUAUAAUUCUGGUUUCUAUGUUGAUAGCUAUAAUCCUGAUUAUACUAUGCAAAUGCUUGAGAAAACCAGUUUUAAAUGAUCAAAAUUGGGCAGGCAGAUCUCCAUUCGCUGAUGGUGAAACCCCUGACAUAUGUUUGGAUAACAUCAGAGAAAAUGAAUUAUCCUUAAAACGUACAUCAAUUAUUUCAUUUAAGGCCUGGAAACCAGGCAAAAGCACACUUUUAGCAGAUGAUUUAGAAAUUAAUUUGUUUGAAUCAAGUGAAAACAUUGAAGAUUCCAAUAACCCAAAAAUGGAGAAAAUAAAAGAUCAAGUAAAUGGUACAUCUGAGGAUAGUGCUGGUGGGUCAACAAUUGGCACUGCUAUUUCUUCUUCAGAUGAUGCAGAGCUGCCUCCACCUCCUCCUCUCCUUGAUUUGGAAGGACAGGAGAGUAACCCAUCUGACAAACCCACAAUGACAACUGUAUUUCCUCUUCCAAAUGAUUCCACCAGUCUCCCACCAUCUCUGAACUGUCUCAAUCAAGUCUGUGAAGAUCAUAAUUGUGAGGACAAACAAUCACUUCCGCUUCCUCCCGACUCAUCUGACUUGCCCCUGCCACCAGGAGAUUUUAUGAAAAACCUGGAAGAUUCCAACAAUGAGAUCCAAUGUCAGGAGUUCUCUGUUCUUCCCAACUCUGGUCAAGAUCUCAGUGAAUCCCUGCCACCCCCACCUGCAGAAUUGUUAUAAAUAUUACAGCUUGAUUUUUAGUUGAUUUUCCAUCCUUUUUAAAGGAUAUCUUUUGUUUUUCUUCAUGUAAUGAAAUAUAUUAAAUGGCAACUGGUAACCAAUUUUUAUUUGUAUUCAGGAACUACAUGAAAUCUGUUCAAAGCCCAUGAGCAUAGGUGAAACUUAUUUUUUAAAACUAUAUAUAACAGUGAUCUAUUUACUGGCUAUAGCAUCUAACUUUAAUGUAGAGUCUGUUUUACAAAUGUGGAUGGUAUAUGUGUCAAUAACUUAACCACUUUGGAAACAAACCUAUGUAUACUUAGUAUUACCCAAUAGAUUUUUUUUUCCCCUGAGAAGCUGUGUAUCAAGUAACCCUGAAUAAAUAAAAUUUUAUUUUUCCAUUUCAAAGUCUGAGGUGGAGAAAAUGAAAUAUUAAAUACAUACUCCAACUUUAAACAAAACUCCAAGUUUUAAAUUAAUAUCUCCAGUAUUAAAAUAAAUAUUCUAAGUUCAUGGGGAUGAGUGAUUAAAAUGCAUGUUUGAAAAUGGAAAAAUUUCCUUUUAGCUCUCAUUAGAAAUAGUAAAGUGAACAUACUAAAAUAUCAAAUUUGGGGGUUGUGGACAUUUACUCUGAAAAAAAUAUGAACAUGCACCAUAAAAUGUAGAUAUUUUCUUGUCUUAUUCGGGGACCACAAAUUUUGAAACUAGCCUCUUUCUACAUCUUAAGAAUCCAAACAAAACAAAAUCUUUUUUUUUUUUUUUUUUCCUCACCCGAGGAUAUUUUUCCAUUUUUUGUUCAGAUAGAGCGGGGGAGGG